AUGUUGGAUAUCAAGAGGUCAAUUUCCAUGCUUCCAGCACCAGUAAACUCGGAACCGGACACGGAUCUGACCAGUCUGAACUGGUGCCACAGUUUGACGAAACAUACUUCUGUGCCAUCUCUGCCUACGCCUCCUGAUUCGCCUAAUUCACCAACACGUUCAGCAGAUCAGAACCCGAAAAAACUUCCGCACAAAAUCCGUUUCCAAAUGAGUUUGGAAAGUGCUGAACAAUACAAAAAUAAUGGUGACAAAAAACCGCCAUUUUCAUACUCUACGUUGAUUUGUAUGGCCAUGAAAGCUAAAGGGAAUAAAGUUACUUUAAGUUCUAUUUAUGGUGGAUCAGGGAAAUUUUUGUACUACCGAAACGCCGAUCCUAGUUGGAAGAAUUCAAUCAGACACAAUUUAUCGUUAAACAAAUUCUUCGUGAAAGUGCCCCGAUCUAAAGAUGAACCAGGUAAAGGAGGAUUUUGGAAGUUUGAUGUUGAUUGCUUAGAAGGUGGUGCUCGACGUAAACGAACAAGUAGCCGGAGGCGGGCAAGUCGGAUGCAACAAAAGAACAACGCGAGCAAGGGGAGCAACGGAGAGAUGACCGUCGAGGACGAAAAAGCGCUCCAGUUGGCCGUCAUGUCGCUGCAGGAAGAGGAGCAACGACAUAUGGACAACAAUUUGGACGGUUUCCACCAGCAGCCGAUGAUACUUCCUGUCGACGAGCCGAUGGGCGAACCCGAGUUGAUCUACAGCUGUUCGAUAAACGCAGCCACCGUGGAUCCGUUCAUGUCUUCUGUAGUCGAUUACACGAUAAUCGACAUACCCAACGACCAUCAUCAGCCGCAAAUCGCCACGGACGACGAGCUAACCAUGCUCACGAACUUGACGUGGGACGAUUCGCAAAUGGACCUGCUCGAUUCGUUGCUAGACUCGUUGUAG